UGGACGCUAGCUCUCCCUCUGGACUUCCACCAUUUAUUAAAAGGCAGUCAAGACUUUCUGCUUAAUUUCUCUAGUCGCACUGCGGAUCCUUUCUCUGUUAUGGUGACCACCCCACGUUGAAAUCUGAAGACAGAAGAAAAAAACGAGUUGUUAUGGCCAGGAAAACUGUUUGCCGGACAAAUGGUAACCUGUGACAACAACUUUGAAUUUCACUUUGGGAUGAAUAAACAGAGCAAGAUGAUUGUGUGGCUACUCCUCGUCUUUGUUUGGGGGGCACUUGAGCAAACGGACUCGGCACAGUCUAGCGAACGGCGAGUUGUAGCCCACAUCCCUGGGGACAUCAUAAUUGGAGCGUUGUUCUCUGUGCAUCAUCAGCCUCCUGCAGACAAGGUUCAUGAACGUAAGUGCGGCGCAGUUCGAGAGCAGUACGGUAUCCAACGGGUGGAGGCCAUGAUGCACACGCUGGACCGCAUCAAUGCAGACCCUCUCAUCCUUCCCAACAUCACCCUCGGAUGUGAGAUCCGCGACUCCUGUUGGCACUCGGCCGUGGCUCUGGAGCAGAGCAUCGAAUUUAUACGGGAUUCGCUGGUAUCGUCUGACGAGGCGGAGGAGUGGGGGGGAGGAAGCCCUUGGGGAGGAGGCGGCGGGGGUGCAGCCAUGAAGUGCGCUGACCCCUCUGCCACUCCCAUGCGAGGGAAAAAACCCAUUGUGGGUUUAAUCGGGCCAGGAUCGAGCUCAGUAGCGAUCCAGGUCCAGAACCUUCUACAGCUGUUCAAUAUACCGCAAAUUGCCUACUCUGCCACUAGUAUGGAUCUUAGUGACAAGAGUCUUUACAAGUACUUCAUGCGGGUGGUGCCAUCAGAUGCCCAACAGGCAAGGGCGAUGGUGGACAUCGUCAAGAGAUACAACUGGAGCUAUGUGUCAGCCAUCAACACUGAAGGCAACUAUGGCGAAAGUGGGAUGGAAGCCUUCAAGGACAUGGCAGCAAAAGAGGGCAUUUGCAUCGCUCAUUCCGGCAAAAUCUGGAGCAAUGCCGGAGAGCAGAGCUUCGAUCGAUUGGUGGAAAAGCUGAAGGCUCACCUGCCCAAGGCCAGGGUGGUGGCUUGCUUCUGUGAAGGCAUGACCGUCCGCAAUAUCCUCAUGGCGAUGAGGCGCCAAGGACUGGUGGGAGAGUUUCUUCUCAUUGGCAGUGACGGAUGGGCAGACCGUUAUGACGUGACGGAUGGUUAUGUGAAGGAAGCCGCCGGUGGCAUAACCAUAAAGCUUCAAUCUGCUGACGUCAAGUGGUUUGAUGACUACUACCUUAAACUGCGGCCUGACAACAACCUCAGGAACCCGUGGUUCAUAGAAUUCUGGCAACAUCGCUUCCACUGUCGACUGAAAGGCCACCCACAGGAAAACAACAAGUACAAUCGCACCUGUAGCAAACGGGAAUCUCUUCGGCAGCAGUAUGCACAGGACACCAAGAUGGGCUUCGUCAUCAAUGCCAUUUAUUCAAUGGCAUUUGGCCUGCAUAACAUGCAACGGACACUGUGCCCAGGCUAUCAGGGCCUGUGUGAUGCCAUGAGGCCUAUUGAUGGCGCUACGUUGUUGGACUUCCUAAUGAAAACAAACUUUACUGGAGUAUCUGGGGAGGGAAUCCUUUUUGAUGAGAAUGGAGAUUCACCCGGCAGGUAUGAAAUCAUGAAUUUCAAGAAGAUGGGGAAGGACUACUAUGAUUACAUUAAUGUGGGCAGUUGGGACAACCGUGGCUUGAAAAUAGAUGAUGACGAAAUCUGGUCAAGCAAAGACGUUGUCAUCAAGUCAGUUUGUAGUGAACCCUGUGACAAAGGGCAGAUUAAGGUGAUCCGUAAAGGUGAAGUGAGCUGUUGUUGGACGUGUACCCCCUGUAAAGAAAACGAGUUUGUGUUUGAUGAGUAUACCUGCCGAGCUUGUGAGCUGGGCUCCUGGCCCACUCACGACCUCACAGGAUGUGAUCCAAUCCCAGUGGAAUACCUCCGAUGGGGAGACCCCGAACCCAUCGCUGCUAUGGUUUUUGCCUGCCUUGGGCUCAUGGCCACGUUCUUUGUCACUGCUGUCUUCAUUAGGUUCAGGGACACUCCUGUGGUGAAAUCCUCCAGCAGGGAGCUUUGCUAUAUAAUACUGGCGGGUAUCUGCCUGGGGUACUUGUGUACCUUCAGCCUCAUCGCCAAACCGCAUGUCAUCCAUUGCUACCUCCAACGCCUGGGAAUUGGCCUGUCACCCGCCAUGAGCUACUCUGCUCUGGUCACCAAGACCAACCGCAUUGCACGGAUCCUGGCAGGCAGCAAGAAGAAGAUUUGUACAAAGAAGCCUCGUUUCAUGUCUGCCUGUGCUCAGCUCAUCAUUGCCUUCCUGCUCAUACUCUUACAGCUAGGCAUCAUUGUAGCACUCUUCCUCAUGGAGCCACCUCAGGUGAUCCACGACUACCCCAGUAUCCGUCAAGUCAACCUCAUAUGCAACACCACUAACUUGGGUGUGGUUGCUCCUCUGGGAUACAAUGGCCUGCUCAUUCUCAGCUGUACCUUCUAUGCCUUCAAAACCCGCAACGUUCCGGCAAAUUUCAAUGAGGCGAAGUACAUUGCCUUCACCAUGUACACCACCUGCAUUAUAUGGCUGGCCUUUGUUCCCAUCUACUUUGGCUCCAAUUACAAAAUAAUCACCAUGUGCUUCAGUGUCAGCCUCAGCGCUACUGUGGCCCUUUGCUGCAUGUUUGUACCAAAGGUGUACAUCAUUCUCGCCAAACCAGAGCGAAACGUGCGCAGUGCCUUUACCACCAGUACGGUGGUGCGCAUGCAUGUCGGCGAUGGCAAAUCCUCUUCAGCUGCCAGCCGCUCCUCCAGUCUGGUUAACCUGUGGAAACGCAGAGGCUCCACUGCAGAGACUCUCAGCUCAAACGGCAAGUCAGUGUCUUGGGCCCAGACAGAGCGCAACAGUUCACACGGGAAUCACUUGUGGCAGCGUCUGUCCUUCCACAUCAAGAAGAAGGAGAACAAUCAAACUGCGGUCAUCAAGCCCUUCUCCAAGACAGCUGAGGAGCGAUACUGCGGUGGUGCCAACCUGCCUCCCCACAUGCCCCUGCCCUCCCUCCCCUCUAUCUCCUCCCUGCCCUCUCAAAGUGACACCGGCGCAGACAAGAACCUGUACGACCUCUCCGAAGCAGAGGAGAGGUACUCCCUAACGUAUCGGCCACAGACGCCCUCCCCAAUCAGCACGGUGAGCCAAAGACUCUGUGCCGGUUUGGAAGAGGAGUUUCAGCCGGCAAGCGGUGCCAAGUAUCCCAGCAGUACUUGCAGCCAGAGCAGCGGCAGCAGUUACGGCCGUGUCAGCAGUGGCUCGGGUGUGGCCGGGGGUGACAGUCGGCUGGUCAUCUUGGAGGGUCGCCCGGUGGCAUGCCAAAGCAACCUGAUGGAUCAGAUCAGCUGUGUGGUGAACCGCUUUACUGCCAACAUCAGCGAGCUCAACACUAUGAUGCUAUGGUCCUCGCCUACACACCCCAACGCACACAAACAAUCGCCAUCGCCGCCGCCGCACCCCACCGACCCUUAUCUUCUUCCUCGUGAGAUCCACACGCCUCCUAUGCUUACUGCAUACGCUGACAUCCAGCCCCACCCCCUCGCCGAGUCCAGCUUGGGCCACCGGGUCGGCUGUCCGGUUCACCCUGUCCCACUUCCACAUUCGCCUUACCCUCUCCCCCCUCCUCACCCCCAGUCCUCCCCGUCUCUUUCCCCCAUGCGAGGUGGCUUGGUCACCUGCCUCAUGGAUUCCCCACUAGGGAGGGUGGAAUUGGAGGAGGAGCUUAUUGCUUUGACUCCCCCGUCUCCCUUCCGCGACUCUUUGGCAUCAAGCGGUAGCUCGGUGUCUGAUAUAGAUUUGUGUCUCCCGCCGGUGCCCUCCCAUCCUCCCCCGUCGCCUCCUUCGCCCAGGUACGCCAGACUAAAUCUCAGAAACUACAGCCAGAGUUCCUCUUCACUGUGAGGCAGACAUGACGGCAAGAAAGAGGAGCAAUUAAGACAAGCGGAUGGAUCAAGUCAAAUCCAUCCCCACAAGGAUGUGAAAGCUUUGUGUUUACAUGUGUGCAGUGAGAUCAUAUUUUCAUAGUGAUGUUCCUUACAUCAGAAAGGGAAACAACCACAAGAGAAAAUCUGUGGUUUGAAAAUAUGGAUUAGGUUUAGAUUGUGGCCUUACGCUAACAUGGCUGUCAGCUAAUUAGAGAUAGCAACCGUGCACUCGUCGUGUGUGUAUGUACGGUACGCAUACCUCCAUGAGUGCAUUUCAUUUGUCUUAAAGAGAAAUGGGCAAAGGGAAAUACUUGUGGAGCAGCUCAAAGCUCCCAAAGGGCACAUAAACUGUACAGGUGAUCUGCUGUACAGCAGUCAAACACGCACCGUCAAGAACUACAACUGUAAAUAUUUCACAAGGUGUGGGUUGCGGAGGUCCAUGGCGUUAACAUGCAGCUGCUUUACAGAUAAACAACUUUUUUAUUACAUUAGCCGUUAAAACUGUUGUUUUGUUCCACUUGAUUCCUGAAGGGUUUGGCACCAAAACCUUAUGUAGGCCACCAGAAAGCAAGGAAGGCAAAUCGACAAAAUGUUAAAUGAAUAACAUCAAAUCUGGUUGCUAAUUGACUCAAAUCUGACCUCGCCGGAUAAUAGCAACGUUCCGCUUGAUGUGAGUCUUUUCUUUUCCAUCCAAUGUGACAGCAGGGUACCAAUCUAUCGCUCCUUCGUCAUAUUUGAGUGAACUCAUUAGAUUCACUUCCAUCUCUUGGGGAAAAAGUUCACAUCAUUCGCUUCUGUCAGUCUGUGGCGCAGGUGCACACUUGAAAUUAUUCCCUCAUGUUGGUGGCAGAGAAGCUUUGAUAAAUCCUUCAGCAGAAAGCACUUCAGGCCAAUUAUAUUUGAAAAGAAAUCCAAGCCUUGUCAGUUAAAAAUUUUGGUCAAUGCAAAAUUAUUUCGAGCAGAGUGUUAAAUGAAGCGCUUGCUAACACUAUUACACAGACAAGUAC